AUGGACAACGAGAUCUUCAUCAGCGCGUCGUCACCAGAGCACUCUUCCCCGUUCCCUCUUCUCCGCCUGCCGUACGAGCUCGUCGACAAGGUGUUCGAGCACGUCUACGAGGACAACUACGACCGGCCCCUCGGCUCCAUGCCCGCCUGUCGCCGCCUCGCGCCCCUCCAGCGCGCUUACCUGUACCGCCGCGUCGCGAUGUGCUCGUCCGACGAGUUCGCCCUGUUCCGCCGCACCGUCGAGACGACACCCGAGGUCUGUAAGCUCGUCAUGGACCUGCAAAUCUUCGUCGGCGACGAGCACGACGACUUGUGCGACCCGGACGAGUACGGCGAGGCGCUGUCGCCCGAGGACGUGGCCGCCAGCAUCAUCCCGCCGAGCGCCAUAGCUGCGCUCCUGUCUCUUCUACCCCGUAUCGAGGCCCUCCAGCUCGACGGGCUCCGAUCGGCCCGCCUCGCCAUCGUCCUCAGCGAGACGGCGUCUCACUCGCUCGCCUCGAUCAAGCGCCUGGUGCUUCAGAGCGCCUGGGGCGAGCCGGGUCAGACCGGCAACGAGUACGACGCCGAUGCCGAGCGGCCCUGGGUCGGGCAACUCGUUCGUCUGUCGGCCCUCGAUUUCCUGUCGGUCGCCCAGAACCGUACGGGCGCACCAGUUCUGCCGGUCCUGCGGGUCCCGCUCACUCUCCCGCGAGUAACCCGCCUUACUCUCAAGGGUACGAGGGUCCAGGAGCCCUGGAGGGGGCCGGACCUGCGCGCGCUCGUGCCGCAGCUCGUCGACCUCGAGAUGGCCGACUUCUUCUCGCCCGUCAUCUGGUUCGCCUCGGUCCUCAGCACAGCACCGACCGGUCUGCGCAAGCUGUCGAUGAGGUCGCUCCAGGUGCCCGUCGGCAGCGGAGCCGCGCACUCAAUUCACGGUAUCCUGCCGCGCUUCGACCACCUUGAGCACCUCGUGGUGUGCGACGGCGUCCUGUCGAACGGCCUCAACCUGCGCCUCGCGUGCCUGCGCAGCCUCGAGCACCUGCGCUCGUUGCGCUUUGUCGAGUCGGACGCGGGCAGCCUUCCUCAGGCUCGCCUCGAGCGACUCGGCCUGUCGCACGUCGUCAGCCGCAAGGGCGUGCCGGUCGCCGACUUCGACCGUCCAAAGACCCCAUCGACCGACCGCUGGGAGCACUGGCCGAUGAACCCCGGGUGGUCCGCUCCCGAGUACCCCAGCGGGUGCACCGAGGCGGGUCUGCGCCAGGCGAUGACGGCCGCCGAGGCGAGGGGCAUCGUCGUCGACGGCACGGCGAUCGAGGCGCUCGAGUGGCACGCCGCGUUUGAGGCUGAGCGGCGCGCUUCGCAUCUCUGGCACGGCGACGCGACUGGGGACUACCGGCUCGUGAGGGAUGCCCUCGGCGACGCCGUCGUUGACGAGCACCUCGUCGCGCGCAUGACGUCGGGCGUCGCGGGCCUGGCGGUGUGCGGCGAAGGCGUGGAGGACGUCGUCGCGUGA